UUCUGAAUUUUAAUUUCCCUAGGACCUACCCUAACUAAGGGUGAGAUGGAUAAAUGACUAACUAGUCACACGGGAGAAUGAAAAAGUAUACAAAGAAGCACGAUUGUUAUUGUUAAUAGUAACGUAGGACCCUAAGCACAAAACAAAAGUCCUACAAAUGAUGAUCAUAAGAAGCACAACCCUCCACACCCUCUCUUUAUAUAUUCUUCCCCUCUCCCAACACUAUCAUCACUUUUGUCGGCACUUUUCAUCUCUCUCAAAACAAACUUCAAUCACAAUCUUGCUAUCUACCUCUCUCUUGUGUAGUGUGUAAUUUCAUUUCAUCCCCUCUUGCUAAAUUAACAAAUUAGCAUGAAACAACAACAACAACAAGAACAAAACCUUACUCUCCAAAGAAGCAAAAGCGCCACCACAAGAAACAACAAAUUAAGAAUCAUCCCUUCAAACCUCAAAGCCUCCGAAUCCAAUGAUUUUUUUGACAAACUCCUCUUAAAGAAAGGAUCAUCACCUUCAAUCUCUUCCUUCUCUUCUCCACAACAACACACAAAACCAACAACAACAAAGAAGCUAUCCUCACUCAUACGUUCAUUCCUCAACAUCUUCACUUUCCAAACCAUCAUCCCAGCAUGCAACUGGCUCUCCAUUCCUUCCACCCUCUCUGCCACUUCCAUCUCCCCUUCUCUCGGCCGGAAGAUCACCGGAACACUAUUCGGCAACCGCCGCGGCCACAUCUCCUUCGCCGUCCAGCUCCACCCUCGGGCCGAGCCUGUCCUCCUUCUCGAACUGGCCAUGUCCACUUCCUCUCUAGUCAAAGAGAUGUCUUCUGGCCUCGUUCGCAUCGCGCUCGAGUGCCGGAAGACAACAACAGUCUCCGCUGCUUACAGCGGAGGCCGUCCAAACAGACUCUUCCACGAGCCUGAUUGGACCAUGUACUGUAACGGAAAGAAGUGUGGAUAUGCUGUCUCACGCACGUGCGGGGACCUAGACUUGCACGUGCUGAGUACUGUGCAAAGCGUCUCUGUUGGUGCUGGAGUGAUUCCGAUGUUGGAGGACGGUGGUGGUUGUGGCGGGUCAGAGGGCGAGUUGAUGUAUAUGAGAGCUAAGUUUGAACGAGUCGUUGGGAGUCGUGACUCGGAAGCAUUUUAUAUGUUGAAUCCUGAUGGUAAUGGAGGUCCUGAACUUAGUAUUUUUCUUUUGAGAAUAUGAUUCAUCAAAACUGAAAAUUUGUAAUCAAAUAAAUAAAAUGUCAUUAGAAGUUGACUUUGUUGUUUUAAACAGUUUUAGGAAAAUUAAAUAGGGUAUAUUAUGUGAGAUUGAUAUGUAAUAUUGUUAAUUUACUUAGGGAUGUUCACUUGUUAAUUUGAUGUUUUCUUUAUAGUUUAUAUAUAAAGAUGAAAUUGUAUGUGAUUUAAUCAGAUAUAUGUAUAUUUUAUACUCGAGUUUAAUGGAGAAAGUUCGAAAUAUAUAA